AUGCCCUACUCUUUUGCUGUCGAACCCUCCAUCAGUUCGUUUGCCACUUCAAGGACUGAGCAAGGCGUUCUUCGUUCCGGACCGGUCAAGUCAUCCCAAUGGAACCAAAUACAGCUAGACGGACUUUAUCAGCUAGUGGUCUGUGAAGUCCGCCAAGAUGGCAUCACAUACCCCCUGGACAGGGGAAGUAGACAAGCAUUCGCUGUCGCCUCCGUGCUGGAUCUUGGCUUGCGGAUGCUAGAGAGCCCACGGGGAAGGGACUGUCUCGCAAGCCUUGCUCACAAAGCCAUCCGUAUCUGGAGGGAACGUCCAGUGCCCGACCCGACGCGUGAGUGCGCCUUGAUAAACGUAGGCGAGGCAGUCAACGAAUUUUUGCGCAGUGUGAGGCAUAGCUUUCCCCUCGUGAAGCUGAACGACCGCAACGGGUUCUGCCGUGACGAGAGCUCUAAGAGAGAUUUCUCAGCAUGGACCAACACUGAGUCAUCCUCGUCAAGCCGCCAGUUCUCUUUUGACCCCAAGGCUGCUGCCGUGUUGCAUUUGAACUCUCAGCUCGUCCGUGACCUCUACCUCUCCCGUCUGAAAGCCAGCACCGCCAGCCGGCACCAUCCCCGCUCCUACGACAACCCUGAGCAGCGAAAACACACAGCCCGCUUCCGACGCUUCCAACUUCACCUUGCCGCCAUGGUCACGCACCACCUUUGCCAUCUGUUUGUGAACUUCCUCCGGCAGCAGGGACCCUUGGCCUUAGAGGUCACCGACGCUGACAUGAUGCGCCUUGUCAGCCGAUAUGACCCAGGGGCAGAGUUUGAGGUGGAGUUCUUUGGUGGUAGACUGAAGUUGUUCAUAGACUGGCAGCAAGGGAAUAGUAGUGCGGAUGAGGAAAAGGAGAGCUACGAGGGGAAGAGUUACGUCAUCCGUCGCGGGGGAAAGGGCAAGACUCUCGGUGGAGGGGCCACAAGAAGAGUGGCUGCGCUUGUGGCUGAGUACAAGAUUGAGAGCUACCUUUCAGGAGACUUUUCUAUCCCUCUGCUCUCCGAAGUUGAGGGAGACGUAUUGGAGCUUGACUGGUACCACGACAUCAAGAGAAAAUAUAGCACCCCUCGUAAUUCACGGUCGAAUGAAGGCAGCCAGGAGUCCAGGCGUGUUGCCGAGAUCGGAUCAUUGUCAUAUCAGCUCACUCUGACCACACCCUGGAGUAUACAAGGCGAAGAGUAUGAAAUGCUGAAGAAAACUUCGCUUGACCCGGAUGUUUGUCUUGCCAAAAUGGAGGAGUACUAG